UAGGUAAUCCGACCAAUGGCCAUCAGUGUUACCGACAGAUGACCGUCGACACGGAUUUCUGCUUUGACCCGGAUACGCAAAGCGAGUGUGACAGAGAGCCCAGCCCACUUUUGAAAGGUAGGACCGUAUUUUUCGCGGUGCAGCCGAAAUUUCGGAAUGUGGAUAUCCGUAUAACGGUGGAUGUUCUGGUGGGUUCCCUGGAUGUAUUUCUAUCAUCCAAGGAGGAUGCUUUUGUGGUGGACGUGAACAAGACGAACGGCAUUCAUGAGAUAUCAUUCGACAAGAAGUACGGCGUGUACCGCAGCCGAUACCUGCACCGAUCCGUCAAAGACAUGAUCCAAACGGACGACGAGUUCUUGGACGACCACGUGGACGAAAUCCUGGGCCCGGACGCGGACCGAAUCCGAACCCAUUUGCGCCAGACCUUUGCCGGCUCCAACGCGGCCAACAUAUUCCGUCGUCGAAAGAAGCAAAAGCGUCCACGCACGUUUUCCGAACGACUCCAGCCGCAUCCGGACGAGUCGCGAGGAAACGGCGCCGCUGGUGCAGGGAAUACGACUAAUCGCGUGCCGCAUCGCGUUGUGGAGCACGUGGCCGGCGGGCUGAGCACUUACAUCACCAUACGGAGUCCCUAUGACUUUUUGAUUGUCCGCGGAGUGCAGAACCGGCUGGUUAUCACACUGCCGGAAGAGGUGCAUGAUCUGCGAAGUACUCGAUUUUACAUCGUGCUGUAUUCGGUUGGAACGGAGUUCCAGCCCGUGGUCGACAAGGCCUUUGCUGGUGACAAGAACGGCUUCGAUUUCACACUUUCGGCCGUCGGUGCGAAAGAAGAUCCGGCGUUCGGGUCCGUCUUCUUUCGCCAGGAUCAGCCAAGAAUAGAUCUCUUCGUAUUCUUCUCAGUCUUCUUUUCGUCGUUUUUCUUGCUUCUGGCCGUCUGCGUCGUUGCCUGGAAGCCCUGCGAAGACAACGUGGCCGGGGUCGGCACUGUGUUGGUACAAUUGCCUGGCGGCGCCGCUGUCCCGAGUCAGCUUGGUUUGGGCAGUGCGUUAGUGUUGCUUUCGCGGGUGUACACGGCAACUGGCCGUUGUAGAGGCUCGGUGGCGCACGGAGGCACCGGAUGUGCGUUCGCAAGACGAAGUAAGCGGAACAAAAACGGAAAAUAUCAGGUUUCUCAGAAGGCGUGA